CCCGACAAUAGGAAAUGAAACGAGUCGCGAAAAGAGUAGCUUUAUUCCGAUAACUGAGAAAGGAGACACUAGGCUCAGCUCACUACCCCUUUCCGUAGCGCACGCUCAAUUAUUUCCGUGUGGCUCGUGAUAUCAGUGGGUAGCACUGCCACUCCAUUGUAUAACUCUAGUUGUGCUGCUUUUUAAUACCAGGAGGGCUGCUCACUCUGCCGAACAGGAUACCUUAGACUUCGAAUUUUUGUUCUGCUGCGCUCUCUCGGCUGUCCAUUGCGUCCAUCCAAAAUGGCAACACGAAUCGAUAAAGAGGCUUGCAGAGAAGCUUAUAACCUCGUCAGAGACGAUAACACGGAGAUAAACUGGGCUGGGUUCAAAUACGAGGGCUCAAUGAUUGUGCCAGCAGGCCACGGCACGGACUAUGAAGAAUUCAAGAGCCUGUGCACAGACGAUUCUCGUCUUUUCGGCUUCGUGCGGAUCACCACGGGCGACGCCAUGAGCAAGCGGGCCAAGUUCACCCUCAUCACCUGGAUCGGCGAGAACAUCAGCGGCCUCCAGCGUGCCAAGAUCAGCACAGACAAGACGCUGGUCAAGGACAUCGUGCAGAACUUUGCCAAGGAGUUCAUGAUCAGUGACGCACGGGAGCUGGAGGAGGACUACCUCCGCACAGAGCUGAAGAAGGCGGGCGGGGCCAACUAUGACGCGCAGGCGGAGUAGGGGGGGGCUCAGUGGGGGGGGAGGCUGCUUCCUGCUGGUGGGGGUGGGGAGGGGGAGGGGAGGGUCUGGUCCUCGCACCUGGAUCCGAGAGGAGACACACGUUACACAUUCAUAUACUUCUGCAUGGCAAGACAAACGUUUAAACAACCAUACCUAACGAUGGCGACAAAGAAAACCGCAUUUGUUUACACACACACACACGCACACACACACACACACACACACUGACCUACACUGAGACACACUGAUUUACUGUAUAUUGCCAACAGUCUCCUGGGCCUUUCCCUUUCUCCAGUCAGGUCAUGGUUGGUUUAUCCACUGUACUGUGCAUCAUCUCACUGUCAUCUGAGCUUCGGGGGAGCUUCCAAACCUUCCUCUAGCCACGCUGCUCUGUUUGGACUACAACGACUGUGUGUCUGUCUGUCUUUCAGAGGAGAUGCUCUUCUUUCCUGGUCUCUGAUUGGUCCUGUCAUUGUUGUAGUACUUCUUCUGUGGUUGUAGUCCAAACAGGCUUUCUGGUUGGAUGGAGGUCCCCCCUGCCCCAGUCAUCUCAUAGUCCACUCCUGAAGGUAUACAUACCCACUGUGUUUACUGCCUUAAUCUCCCAUGGAGAGAGGGGCAUCAUGGGAGUUUGUGGACUCUACACUGUGAUCGGCUCUCCUCCACUCACUGGGGGUGUGGUUCAGAUUGGCCCGUGGCCAUCAGCCAAUAGGGAGGGAUGCAGCGCUUUCCCUCAACCAACCCCGGAGCAGCUAUAUCUCUGGUGUAGCCCCUGAUUCAUUUGGAUUAAAACCCCCAAAAAAUGAAUGUUUUUUAAGAUUUGUAUUUUCUCUGAAAGUUUUACCUAUGGUUUAUUCUUCUUGAGAGCAAUGUUAACUAGGAGAUUCGUUAAAACAUUAAAAAAAAAAGAUUAAACUGAAUGGGCACAAGAUCAUUGCAGAAUAAAAUUAUUGUUUUUUUCAAA